AUGAGCCGUCAGGAUGCCAAGCAUACGCCUCUAUCUGUCUCGCUCUCUCCCAUCACGGCGGACGAUGUACCGGCUCUCUUGGAGUUGCACAGCGCGGCCUUCAAGACGGACCAGUUCUCGAAUUUGAUGCUUCUCAACCGCGACGCGAACGCCCACCAGGCGCUCAUGGACAAGUCGAUACGGCUCUGGAUGUCCGACCCCGCGGCCAAGCUCACCAAAGCGGUGAGCGCAGAUGGGCACGUCGUCGGCUGGUCGUGUUGGAUCGUCAAGACCAGAUACCCAGAGAAGUCCACGCCUACUCGAGAUCCGGAACCGGAAACAAGAACAGACACCACCGCAGCACGCCAGGACCAGGUCGAGGCCGACACCCCGGCAGAGCGGAAACACCAGGAUCAGAGCGCGCCUCAGGAUCCCGCGCGAGUGCUGGGUGGGCUCAUGUACAGAGACAUGACUUCCUGGGAGGACAAACACCUCCGCGGCAAAAGGUACAUGGUGCUGCAGGCGCUGGCGACGGAACCGCGCUCCCAGCGCCGGGGAAUCGCGACCAGACUGGUUCGGCACGGGCUCGAGGAGGCCGACUCCCAAGACCUUCCGUGCUGGAUCCACGCCUCCCCCACGAGCUACAAGCUGUACGCGAAGGCUGGGUUCGAGGAGGUCGGCAGGAGCAGUUAUGACUUGGACGAAUGGGCGCCGGGGGACAAGGACGGAAAUCAAGGUUGGGGAGUGUACACAUUCAGGUACAUGUUCCGACCAAAGUAUAGUACUGCCGUGUGA